UGUUUAUCGCAUCAGUCACCGGAAGAAGAUGGUGGAUUUUGAUUGACUUACUGACCGGGUGUAAGGAUGCGUGAUGAGAAGAAAAGAGGUUAAGUAUCAGGCCUCACCCGGGGCCCAAGCUCAGGUUUCAAGCUUACCGUCAACACCCAGGAUGCUCUUCAACCCAAGUUCGGCUCUCCCAAGUACGAUCACCAACCAAUGUCAUAGAGAAGCGGCAGAUUGUCUCCGAUAUCACGGCUGGCAGCUCGCGUUCUGUUGCUCUGGACGGCGCCAUCGAGGAGUCACAGGACGAAGAUGUCGCUACUUCAAGGGACAGGGGAUAUGGUAACCGUCACUGGCAAUCAUACUACAGUCAUCUCUACAAGCGGCACCACCACAUGCGCCAAAAUAUAUGCAAAGCACGUCUAUAUAAGUAUGAUUACUAGCAAAGUCAUAUUCUGAUCUCGAAUUUUGAUUAUCUUCAUUGUAUAACUGGUAUCAGGGUGCAAUCCACAGGGUAUGGAGUCCGCUGUUCGAGUUGCUUUGAUCAGCUGCUCCACCUCUCAUUUGAGGCGUCACCCAAGGAUUAUCAGAUGCAGUUGCUCUCAGUGUCUUAUUGUUCACACAGUUGUUCAUGCACGUCACAGCCAGAAAGCCGCAAUGCCCGCUUCGAAGGGCACCCUCAGACGACCAAUAUUACGGUUCGAGUUGGCAAGUCUCAGCAUCGACGAUAGGCCAAAUGCGUACAAGAACCCGCAGUUGGUACUCAAGCCGCAGCUUGAGCUCGCUCCACGCAGGCCAUACACGGGAGAACGACCGCGGGCGCCGGUCUGGCGUCAUUAUCUGAUGGUACAUGUGAAAGACAAGGCAGAUGAACUGGUCAAGUUAGACUUGGACAUCUUCAAGUCUGAGUCAUCUACAGCAGAUACUGAUACAGCCUUUCGCAACUCCAUCACCUGCCUCUUUCCCACAUCCUCUCUCAAUUUCCGGUAUUCGAAGGGGCUAGAUGAUGGCAGCAUUCGUUCCGUCCAGAAAGCUUCCAGUUUGUGCAUCACGCUUCAGAAACCUCCCGAUCUCGACAAAGUCCUGCAGGAGUUCGGUGGAUUAGGCAUCAAGAUCGAGUAUAAAGAGUUCGGCAGAGAUCAUCAGCUUGUCUCGGAACCAGCCAGCUUCAAUGCAUGGCCACCUCUGGGUCGAACCGUUUCACCAGUGUACCGACCAGCCAGCAACUCGAGACAGCUGAACAGUUCAAGCCCCCCUCUGACCAUGGCCUCGACUUCACAUGCCGGAUACCCAGCGUACUUGAAAAGCCAAUCCAACAGAGCGCUUCCCCAACGACCUCCCAGCCAACCAAUACGGCCAUCCACACCAUUGCACCCAGGCCAACGGCCCUGGUCGCCGGCCUUCGUACCAUCUCGGCCAGCAUCAACGCUUGGCAUACCAGGGAUUCUGGGAGAGGGCAUUUACAAGGUCAGCAAAAUCGGCUCUGCCUCAUCAGCCCGGCCGAGGGUGAGACGAACGUCUUCGGUUUUCGAGCAUCAAGGUCCCAAGCUGUACACAGUCUCGAAGCACUUCGACAAGACCCUCAGCAAAGAGGACAUUGUGCAUCCGUUGGGGCCGCGGUAUGUAUCAGGGGGUCUGCCGUCCAGCUUGCAAGCCAGCAUUUCACCAGGAUAUAUGGCCAGAUCGCCCAGCCAGAGCACAGGCGGAACUGGAAGUCACUCGCAGCCCGGAUUCGAGAGCCCGGCCUCGCACAUUCUCAGCAAGGCGUCCAGUGCCCUGGAAGGGAUGCGGGUCAACUUGCAGCACCGGCCAGGACUCAGACGGCUGCGGACGAUCGACAACCCUCGGGAUCCAAGCAUUUCGUUUGAGCUUGACGACCGAGUGCACCGCACGUUUCUUUCCACAGUUGCAGAGGAAAGGGCGGGAUCUAUGUUUUCGCAGCCGUUGCCAUCAUUAAGACCUCUACGCUCGGCCGACGACGCCUCCCUGGUUAGUUCAAGCCCGACAUUACUGGAACGACCAACCAGGCAAGAGAUGGAGGCCGAGUGGCUAUUAUAUGUUGCUCAGAUCCAGCACGAGGGGCUGUGUGAAGCGAGCAGGGUGUGGGAUGAGUUCUGGGAGAAGGCCAACGACGACGUUGCCUCCGCUCGGAGUGCAGAGGAUCUGUCGAGUGUUCUGUCAAAGUUGGAGAGUGACUUCAUGCGGCGGUGGGAGGGAGUUGUGGCUGCCACUGCGCAGAAAAUGCGAGAUGUGCGGGUCGAUCCUGUCUUUUGA